GUGCGGAGUCUUAGGAGGAGGAGGCAGGAGGAACUGGAACCCAGCAGUGAAGUCUGCGGAACUGCUGUGGGAGGAGGCUGCACUCCACUUCACGAUGGCCUCCCUUGCUGCAGCGAAUGCAGAAUUUUGCUUCAACCUGUUCAGAGAGAUGGAUAACAAUCAAGGAAAUGGGAAUGUGUUCUUCUCCUCUCUGAGCCUCUUCGCUGCCCUGGCCCUGGUCCGUCUGGGUGCACGAGGCGACUGUGCUUCUCAGAUGGAUAAGAUGCUGCACUUUAACACCAUCUCAGGACAUGGAGACUCUUCUAUUACUCAGCCAGGACUCCAAUCUCAACUGAAAAGAGUUCUCUCCGAUAUAAACACAUCUCACAAGGACUAUGAGCUCAGCAUUGCCAAUGGUCUUUUUGCGGAAAAAGUGUUUGACAUUCAUCAAAACUAUACUGAGCGUGCUGAAAGAUUAUACAAUGCCAAAGUGGAACGAGUUGACUUCACAAAUGAUAUAGAAGAUACAAGAUAUAAAAUUAACAAAUGGAUUGAAAAUGAGACACAUGGCAAAAUCAAGAACAUCUUUCAUGAAGGCAGCCUGAGUUCCUCUGCUGUAAUGGUGCUGGUGAAUGCUGUGUACUUCAAAGGCAAGUGGGAGGCAGCCUUCGCCGAGAGUGAAACCCUAAAUUGCCAUUUCAAAUCUCCCAAGUGUCCUGGAAAAACAGUCGCCAUGAUGCAUCAAGAACGGAAGUUCAAUUUGUCUGUCAUUCAGGAUCCAUCCAUGCAGGUUCUUGAACUCAGAUAUCAUGGCGACAUAAGCAUGUACAUAAUGCUGCCCAAGAGUGACAUAUCCCAAAUUGAAAACAAACUGACCUUUCGGAAUCUAAUGGACUGGACCAAUCCGAGAAAAAUGAGCUCUCAGUAUGUUGAGGUGUUCCUUCCUCAAUUCAAGAUAGAGAAGAAUUAUGAAACCAAACACUACUUAAAAGCCCUAGGGCUGAAAGAUAUCUUUGAUGAGUCCAGAGCUGAUCUCUCUGGUAUCGCUGAAGGGGGUCGUCUGUAUAUAUCAAAAUUGAUGCACAAGUCGUACAUAGAGGUUACCGAGGAGGGCACAGAGGCGACUGCUGCCGCGGGAAACAACAUCGUAGAAAAGCGACUCCCCGAGUCUGCAGUGUUCAGAGCCAAUCACCCAUUCCUAUUUGUCAUCAGGAAGGGGGACAUCAUCUUGUUUAGUGGCAAAGUCUCUUGUCCUUGAAAAUCCAAUUGGUUUCUAUUACAAUAGCUCCUGCAACAUCAAGGAACUACCGCAAGUGAAAAGAUUUGAGUUCAAUUGGAAGCACAUGGUGUUCCCUUUCAUUUACUUCCUUCUAACAUUGGUCGGCAGAUGCUUUUGGUGACUUGACCCUUCUCAGACACCUGCUUGAUGAUCCUGAUCUUGCUUUCAGCAUUUCUGCCACCACCUGCCUUGCCUAUUUCUAAUUUCAUUGUCUUUAUUCCCACACUCAUUUCUACCAGUCUCCCCCAUGGCUGUUUGCACGCAGGUCUGGGCAUAACAUCUGGGAAUUGUGGAGCGCUCCACCGGUAAUGACAGGGGAGAAGCAGCCAUGGGCAUCUUUUCAGGAACUCUGUAGUUAUCACAGAUAUUCUAAGAAUUAGGGAAGUAAGCCCAGCUGCUAGGAAUAAGUGUGAAGAAUAACUUUUCCUUGCUGACCUAAGAAGACAUUAGAGUGUACUUUAACACAUCUGAUUUGAAAUCAGCAUCUAAUCUAGAUGCUGAAAAACAUGGAUCAGGAUUGGGGGUCAACCAAAAUAUUUUGUUAAUAAUUUCAAGUGGAUAUCUUUUGGCCUUUCCAUGAUAGAGACUUAAUAUGUACAUAGUUUUUCGAAUAUUAAAUACCCAUUAACUGUU